AUGUUAGGCAGUCUUCUACUAUUGCUGUUGUUCUGGUCGUCUGCUUUUUCAUUUCCAGGAGCUUUUGCAUAUAGUCGGUUGACGAAGGGCUCAUCUCUAUCGGUCGAAAACCAAGAGGACGUUUUGAUUUCUCCAAAUGGUCUAUUCACGGCUGGGUUCCACUCUGUUGGCAUCAAUGCUUACUCUUUUGCAAUUUGGUUUACUGAAAAGCUAAGUAAUCGCACUAUAGUGUGGAUGGCUAACCGAGACCACCCUGUAAAUGGAAAACACUCGAAGCUCACUCUACUCAAGGAUGGUAAUCUCAUCUUAACUGAUGCCAGUAAGUUCAUUUCUUGGGCGACCAACACAGCUUCAGCUUCUUUUGUUCAGAUACUCCUUCAAAACACUGGAAACCUUGUCCUGACAGAAAAGGAUAAUGUUCUGUGGCAGAGUUUUGAUGUUCCUACGGACACUCUUCUCCCGGGACAACCUUUAACUAGGUACACGAGGCUAAUUUCAUCAAGGAGCCAAAAUAAUUACUCUUCAGGUUUCUAUAAGCUUUUCUUUGAUGAUGAUAAUGUCCUACGUCUGGUUUUCGAUGGCCCUGAGACAUCUAGCAUCUAUUGGCCUGACCCUUGGUUGUUAAGCUUUGAAGCCGGAAGAACAAGGUACAAUGACAGCAGGGUUGCGGUACUCGAUUCAUGGGGUCACUUCCAAUCAUCUGAUCGAGUUGAGUUCAGGGCUGAUGAUUAUGGUCCUGGCAUACAGAGAAGGUUGACCCUUGAUUUUGAUGGUAACUUCCGUUUAUACAGCCUUGAUACCACUACAAGGAGUUGGAUUGCUUCAUGGGAAGCUAUGAUUGGAUCAUGCAGGAUUCAUGGUGCUUGUGGUCCCAACAGUUUGUGCAGCCAUUAUCCUAGUAGUGGCAGAAAGUGUUCUUGUCUUCAAGGAUACAGAGUUAAAAAUUACACUGACUGGGCUUAUGGAUGUGAGCCUGAGUAUCAGCUGCCAUGCAACAGCAGAGAGGUAACAUAUAUCAAGCUUCCUCAUGUUAAUUUCUAUGGAUAUAAUAUUGACAUUUUGCACAACUGUACAUUGGAAAAAUGUGAGAAGAUAUGCAAUGAAUCACGCAAGUGCAAAGGAUUCCAGUACAGAUUCAACAAGGAAAACGGAGUGUAUGAUUGUUAUCCUAAAAGAGCUUUUCGUAAUGGAUUUAUAUCGCCUACUUACAGUGGAAUGCUUCAUUUGAAACAGCCUAAGGCCCUUGCACUCGCCAUUGACCAGCCAGCAAAAAUAUCCAGCUUAAUUUGCUCAAGUUCAAGCAUUGUAACAUUGAACAGGACUUACAAGAAGAAAGGUGAGAGGGAAUCAGUAAGAAUUCUGCUCUGGUUUGUCCCUGCUCUGGGAUUGCUUGAGAUGAUCUGCAUUGUUUCAGUAUGGUUUUUCUUGUAUAGAUCUCGCAGGACCUCAGAUAAGCAACCUUACGUGCAUUUGUCAACAGGAUUCAGAAAAUACUCCUUUAGUGAGCUAAAGAAAGCUACUAAAAAUUUUGGUGAAGAGAUAGGACGAGGGGGUAGUGGGAUAGUGUAUAAAGGUGUGCUGUUGGAUCAUCGUGUGGCAGCAGUUAAGCGACUCAAGGAAGCUAACCAAGAUGAAGCAGAAUUUUUAGCAGAGUUGAGCAUUAUUGGGAGGCUUAACCACAUGCACUUGAUAGAUAUAUGGGGAUACUGUGCAGAGGGAAAACACCGGCUUUUGGUGUAUGAGUACUCGGAACACGGUUCAUUAGCCGAAAACUUGCAUUGUACUGUGAUUGACUCGAAGAUGAGGUUUGAAAUUGCUCUAGGCACUGCAAAAGGCCUUGCUUAUUUACACGAAGAGUGCUUGGAGUGGGUUUUGCACUGUGAUAUAAAGCCUCAGAAUGUACUUUUGGACUCCAACUACCACCCAAAGCUAGCAGAUUUUGGACUUUCAAAGCUAUUGAGGAGAGCUGAGGUUAAUGAUUUGAGCUUUUCAAAGAUCAGGGGAACCAGAGGCUACAUGGCUCCUGAAUGGAUUGGCAAUCUUCCCAUCACUUCAAAAGUUGAUGUUUACAGUUACGGAGUGGUCCUGCUGGAGAUGGUGACUGGAAGGAGCCCCAAAAUGCACGUUCAAACAUUUGGUGUCGGAGGAGAAAUGGUCGAGAAAACAUUGAUUGAGUGGGUUAGGGAAAUGGUAAAGGGAGAUAGUGAAAUUACAUCCUGGAUUGAUGAAAUAUUAGACCCCCUGCUGGACAAUACUCAAUGUGAUAAAGGAAAAAUGGCAUUACUAGUUAGGGUUGCUUUACAUUGUGUUGAGGAAGAUAGAAAAGUUAGGCCAACCAUGAGACAGGUUGUAGAGAUGCUUCUCCACUAAUAAAAACUGUUUGUAGCAAUAUUCCUCCUGUGUUAUGGAUGACA